UAUGAUAAUAUUUCGCCGUGCCAACAUUCAUCGCACGCCCCGGUCGCACGCACACCCGCCUUCGGUAUAGUGGCACUGUACGUCAAGUUCUAUGUCGUAAUGCACGGCGCAGCAUGCAUCAGCUGAGUUUGUAGGGGUGGAAGAAGAAAAACGUGUAUGGUGUCCUUUGUUUGUCCUCCUUGGUUUUAUGUCUAUUUCGAGCGCGCGAACCAUUUUUUUCACAGUUGAGUUGUAUGCUCCGAGAACACAACAUUCAGCUGGUCGUGUUUGUUGGCAAAUGUACUUGGACUCUGUAAGCAUGGAGCAAUGAGUCCACGUUUACAAUCAUCCAUUUUCUCAGCAUCUUUGUAUAAUGAUCAGGAUACUAACACACGUAGUAGGAUAUAACAGCUGAUACAGGAUCGCUGAUUUCAUGGGUAUUUCGAUCAACAAUUUUCCGGAUGACACUGAGCACCGCAUACACCAAGGAUAUCAAAUUCCACUGUGACUUCCGGUCUACGGAUGAAAGCAAUAACUCUGACCUGGAUCUCCUUCAGCUGAACUAACGUUCCAAUCCACCCAUUCAAGAAUCCAACCUGGUACUGUCCAAGACAUCGCACCGUUAUAAAACCACUGAGCGUAAAGCAACAGAGGAGCUCCGUCUCUGAAAUUUUGUAAAGAAACAGUUCCUUUCAUCGAGGUCACAACAGCGUUUGAUUACCGUGCUAUACCAUAGACAUAACCGAGUUCUUCCUUACACAACGCACACAGCGUGAGUGCGAACUUCCGUAGCAAAACAGGUGCCUAGGGAUGGAUAUAUUAUAAAGGGGAAAGUGGUCAAAACGUGCGUGACUCUCUAGCAACCUUCAGACCUGAAGCUGGACAGCAAAAGGCACAGUCCACGGCAGUAAUGGAGGAACAAAUUGUGUAUGAAACUACGACCCACUCGUCGCCCGGGUCGACGUUGAAAUUGACUGUGUUUCUUGUCGCGGCGUUGGGUAUGGUGUAUUUGAUUUCAAGGAGCAGAUGUGGGGCCUUCUACGCAAGGUAUAUCACCCUCAUCGCAUCGUAUAUCGUGUUUGGUUUGCUGUUCGUACCAAUCCUCAUGCUCAACCCCGGCAGCCCUAAGAAUGCUUGGUGGUUAACAAAAUACGGGAACAUUUUCCAGCUACCCCUGUGUCGCCUCACCAUCAAACGGAAAGGGUGUGCAUACCCAGAGGGACCGUUCGUCGUUGUUUGCAACCAUCAAAGCUCUCUUGACAGCCCAGUUAUAAUGCACGACGAUAUUUGGCCUGGAAACUGCGUGGUGAUUAUGAAGAAGGCCAUGAAAUACACGGGUCCCUUUGGAUUGUGUCUGAUACUCAGUGGUACCCUAUUCGUCGACAGGAAAAGCUCCGCCAGUGCGAAGGACAUGUUACGUCACGCCGUGGAUGCAAUACAAAAGGAUAAGCGUCGUGUUUGGGUGUUUCCAGAGGGAACUCGAAGACUGAUGACGGAAAAACAAUCGGAAGAACCACUGCUACCUUUCAAGAAAGGUGCUUUCAAUUUAGCUGUACUUGCUCAGGUUCCUAUAGUGCCAGUUGUAUUGUCAUCACAAGCAAAACUCUUUAGCUCCAAAGAAUAUUUAUUCGAACCAGGUGAGGUAACGUCAACGGUAUUGCCUCCUGUUCCUACAACUGGCUUGACGUUAGAUGAUGUUACGACACUCUCGGAAGAAGUUCGAGCAAAAAUGAUAGACGUGUUUGUAAAUCAGCAUGAAAAUGGACACGUUGUAACAGGAGGUGACGAAUCCAAAAAUUGAAAAUCAGUAUUGCUUCAUUAAAAAAAAAAACAUGAUGCUUGAAAUAAUGAAGGAAUUUGCAGGGUAAUGGAUUA